UUGGCUUCUCAGCUCAGGAGUUGAAGUUUCAGUUGACAAUGAUAUUUUGACACGUGCUGAUAUACAUAACCUCAACAUGGCGACGUCUAUUCCAAUUGCUGUUCGUGGUUCCUUGGGUUUGAACAUUACCAGCGGCCCACCAAGUUAUGGAGAUGUUGAACAGUUUACUCCUGUUGAAACCAAGUCUUGCAGAAUCACUGAGUUUAGCCCUGAUGGAAAAUAUUUUGCAUAUGCUUUUGGAACGACAUUAAAAAUUGUCCGAACUGAUACUUGGACUGACGUUGCCACUCAUGAGGGAAGAAAGACAUACUUUUUGGUGUUCUCACCAAAAAGCAAUUACUUAAUGAGUUGGGAGCCAUAUGAGAUCACAAAGACCAAUCCACAAGGUUCGCCAAACUUGAACAUAUAUAAAACAGAAACAGGAGAACAUGUUAAAGGUUUUGUUCAUAAAACUCAAAGUAACUGGGAGCCUAAGUGGAGUGAGGAUGAAAAGCUAUUUUCAAAAAUUGUGAACAAUGAUGUAGUUUUCUAUGAAGAUUGUAACUUUGAAAGGAUUGUUCAUAGAUUAAAAUGUUGUAAAGUUACUUCUUACAGUAUAUCACCUGCUGUCGGAAGUUAUUAUAUACUUAGUCACACACUUGGCACAUCUGGACAACCAUCUUUUGCAAGGUUAUUCAAAUAUCCAGAUUUUGAUAUGCAACAAGCAGUAGCAAGCAAAAGUUUCUUUCAAGCAGAUAAAGUUGAGUACUUUUGGCACUACAAAGGUCAACAUGCAUUAGUCCUUACAGUGACUGAUCUAGAUAAAACUGGUCAAUCUUAUUAUGGUAACCAGAGUUUGCAUUUUAUUGGCGUCAAUGGACAAACUAACUUGGUAUCAUUAUCAAAGGAAGGACCUAUAUAUGCAGUCUUAUGGUCACCAAAAGCUUUCGAGUUUUGCGUGGUUUACGGAUUGAUGCCAGCUAGAGUCACUGUGUUCAAUUUGAAGUGUGAAAGUGCAUUUGAAAUUGGUGCUGGUCACAAGAAUACAAUCCAUUAUAAUCCACAGGGAAAUAUUUUGAUGGUAGGGGCCUUUGGUAAUUUGCGUGGCAAUAUUGAUCUGUGGGACAUGAAUACAAGGAAAGUCAUAGGAACUUGCGAAGCAAACGACACUACGUUGGUCGAGUGGAGUCCGGAUGGGAUGCAUUUCUUAACAGCAACAACUGCUCCUAGGCUGAGAAUAGAAAAUGGUUAUAAAAUAUGGCACUAUUCGGGAGCACUGGUUUAUGAAAAACGGGUACCAAACAAUACUGAGUUGUAUAGUGUCAUGUGGCAGAAAUACUCUAAAAAUAUAUAUAAAGAGCCAGUUAUAUCUUCGGUGAAAGUUCAAGGUAUAGCUUCCUCUGAAGUAAAGGCUUCGACCCAGGCAUAUAGACCACCGUCUGCGCGCAACAAACCAGGAGUUACUUUUAAGCUUCACGAUGACGAUGAUCCUAUCCCAGCUUUCAAAAAGGAACCUGUAGUGUCCAAGGCUGCGCUUAAGCUUAGGAAGAAGCGAGAAGCUAAAAAGGCACGUAAAAAUGACGAAGCAGGAGAGUCAACUGCAGAAACUCCGAAAGUUAUAAGUAAUGUUAAAAUUACUUUAACUGGUGAUGUGGAGAAAGAUAAGCAGAUCAAGAAAAUUAAGAAGAAAUUGGAUGCCAUUGAAGCACUGAAAAAUGAGAGGGAUCAAGGAAAAAGUUUGGAAAUUAAUCAGCUGGCCAAGAUUAAGAACGAACAGGAAUUGAUCAAUGAAUUAAAUCAGUUGCAAAUUUAAUUUUUAAUAAUAUGUUUU